UCUUGCUCUUCUGAUAACCUCUGUAGCUUUGACCCAUAGGACAUAUCUAAGAGAGAUUUAGAAAUAAUAUAUUCUAAUUCUUGCCCUGAUGUAGAUGCUCCUCAAAUCUAGCUGAUCAUCUUAUCCUUUGAUCUGUACAGCUAGAAAACAGGAGGAAAGUAACCUUCCACCAACAGGAAGUAGGCCUAGACUCAUCUUCCUUUUGAUCUUGACUGUAGCUUUAAGAGAACAUCAUGACUGUUCCAGUUCGUCCCUAACUUACUAGAAUUUUUGGCCAUGUCUCCCCAAUCUUACUAAAUAAGAAAACAGAUAAAAUAUGCACAUAACUUGGGGGAUGUUAUUCUGAAUAAGCAUUGGGCCUCUACUUUAACUUUGGGGAUUCAGGAGCAGAAGCAAGCAGGCAGUUCAGUCCAUACUGUCUAACUUCUUAGGGGAAGGAAGGGCAAAUGAGGAAGGGAGAACUGGGAAUGUUGUUCAGAUGAUCAAAUUAUUGAUCCCAAAAGCUUUCUUUUACCCUGAGAGACUCAAGAAUGACUGAUUCCUGAGUAGGGCUGCAAGAUUAUAAAAAAGAGUUAUUAACCCCAAUGCAUGGAAACCACUGGGCGUAGACUAAGUGAAGACUACUUUGCACCACUGGGGAUGUAGCUCAGUUGUCGAGCGCUUGCCUCCUAACAGUGGUGUGACAGGGGAGAGGGAUUCGAUGAUUCCAAAAGAUACUCUUAUUCCAUGGCUGCCCCAGAAGGCUUGUGGCCAGGCCAGUGCUGUAUCGGUGCCCUGUGACCUCUCCAGAAGCCUUACCUCCGCUGAAGCAGGCUUCAGUCACACAAAUAACUCUAGCACCUGCAGUUCGGAGAGGAGCCCCUUGCCUAUCUAUGACCACUGAAUAUAUACGCGACCUGCAACAAUUCUCAGACACUUGAAAAGUACAAGAACUACAGCACCACGUGGUCAGUCAAUGCUUUUGGCUUUGAGAGCAAGGACAAAGGACUUCCGAAGCUGGAUCUUCUUUACCACAGAAGUUUUCUACAGAGUUUUAAAAGCAGCAGAAUGACACAAUAAUUAAGCUGGACAAGUAAGAUCUCCAACUUGCUGCUGAGCUUGGGAAGACAUUACUGGAUCAGAACACAGAGUUGGAAGAUUCUCUCCAGCAAAUGUACACAACCAAUCAGGAACAGUUACAGGAAAUUGAGUAUCUGACCAAACAGGUGGAGCUUCUACGGCAAAUGAAUGAGCAGCAUGCAAAAGUUUAUGAGCAAUUAGAUGUCACAGCAAGAGAACUGGAAGAAACAAAUCAAAAGCUAGUUGCUGACAGCAAGGCCUCACAGCAAAAAAUUCUGAGCCUGACGGAAACAAUUGAAUGCCUGCAAGUCAACAUUGACCACCUCCAAAGCCAAGUGGAGGAACUGAAGUCAUCUGGCUCAGGGAAAAAACCGAGGAAAUGUGAGCAGGAGAAACCAGCACCUAGCUUCUCCUGUCUGAAAGAGCUGUAUGACCUCCGCCAACAUUUCAUUUAUGACCAUGUGUUUGCCGAGAAGAUCGCUUCCUUGCACAGUCAGCAAAGCCCAGAGGAAGAAGAGAACGAGCACCUGAAGAAGACAGUGACAAUGCUGCAGGCCCAGCUGAGCCUGGAGCGCCAGAAGCGCCUGACCAUGGAGGAGGAGUACGGGCUCAUGCUGAAGGAGAACGGCGAGCUGGAGCAGCAGCUGAGAGCCGUCGAUGCCUACCAGGCACGGGCGCUGGAGCUGGAGGCCGAGGUGGCAGAGAUGCGGCGUGUGCUGCAGGCAGAGCAUCCUUUUAUGAAUGGAGUGGAGAAGCUGGUGCCGGACUCUCUGUUGGUUCCUUUCAAAGAGCCCAGCCAGAGCCUGCUGGAGGAGAUGUUCCUGACUGUUUCGGAAGCAUACAGAAAGCCUCUCAAGCGCAGCAGCAGUGACACGGUCCUCAGCAGCCUGGCGGGGGGUGACAUCGUGAAGGGCCAUGAGGAGACCUGCAUCAGGAGGGCCAAGGCUGUGAAGCAGAGGGGCGUCUCCCUGCUGCACGAAGUGGACACUCAGUAUAGUGCUCUGAAGGUGAAGUACGAAGAGCUGCUGAAGAAGUGCCAGCAGGAGCAGGACUCCCUGUCACACAAGGCUGUGCAGACCACCAGGGCUUCCGCUAGAGACCUGAUCGGGGCUGAUGCCCAGCCUGAGCCUGGUGCCAAUGGCUGGGAACCUUGCUCUGUCACUCCAGAGCACAUCGGCUCUCCUUCUGAGACACCACCUCCAGAGUACAAGGCAUUGUUUAAGGAGAUCUUUAGCUGCAUCAAUAAAACUAAGCAGGAAAUAAGCGAACAGAGAGCAAAAUACCGUUCUCUCUCCUCUCAUUCUUAAUUGAACUUCCAGCUCUCCUACUAAUUUGCCUGUUUCCCACCAUCUCUCUCUCACUCCAACAACUGCUUAUAGACUCCAAAGCCCACUGUUGCUUGUGGCAUUUGCCUCACCACUUUGCUUAUUUAGCAAAUUCAGACAGCAAGGAAAGCAGGGGGCUGCUGGUACCAAUUCUACAGUUCCUUCAAAACUCCCUAGGAAAUGCCAUGACAGACUGGCCUCCGGCUGCGCGGAUGAGACUGCAGUUGUUGGAAAAGCCCCAGAACCAGUGGAAGGAGAUCCAUGACCCAAGACAUGAGGGGAAAGGGCAUUGUUAGGACAGAGCUAAAGCAAUUCCCAUUGCCUCCUUGCUCAGCUUCUCAAAACUAUGGAAGUUAGAGGGCUGCUAUGCCAAGAUCUUUCACCAUGUUGCUGCUAACUGAAUUCGUUUGGAAGAAUGUUCAAGAGAAAGCGGGAGUCUAAUCCAAAGUAAAUGACAUGAACUACUCUGCAGACAAGUUUUGUUACAUGUGCUACCGGUUGAACCGUGACUGACAGGUAACGCUGAUGUGUCCUGGUCUGACUGAAGACCAGAUUGAAGUGGCGACUUGGGCUUGUAUGGUGCCCUCAAGGACCGACACCAGCCACCUUUAAGCGCUUUCCUCAGAGCAACAUACCUUAGGGUAGACGAGGUAAACCUUGAAUUUCCUCUCAAGUUCAAGCUGAAAGACAAAGAUCAAACCCCUGGCUCUCCUCGUGUCAUGAGCUGGCAGACCUGCCGGCCAGAAGCUGCUCCCUGUUCAGUUUUCGUCAUUCCUGUAAAUGAUUCUGACUUGCUGCAGAAAUUCCUAUUUACUACUUUAUUAAGCAGUAUUGAUGUCCUGACUGUGGAAAUACACUUGUCCUCCCAUUUGCCUACUUUUAAUUUAAAACUAUUUAAAAGAACUGAAGUUCUGAUUAUUGUAUAUAUUUUUCUAAAAGCUAAAUAAAGCUACUUGUGAAAAUAAAUGGACUUACUGCUUUUUUUAA